AUGAAGUAUCAGGAUCGCCGUGGCCUCCCAGAACAAUCGCUCCACGACCGUCUAGAGCUCGAAGGCCAAGGUGGCGAGGUACUACUAUUUGGCGGCGUCGUACAUCACGAUAACAUGCAGCACGCCUUGCGACUCUUUCGCGAUUCGACGUCUCACGUGGUGCGUAUCGAGGCAUCAGCUCACCGUGGGUCCAUGCAAGAUGUACCCAUCUGGACAGCGUUUGUUACCAAAUAUGCGUAUGCGUGUGAUCUUGAUUGGGCGCAAUACGAGGGCAACGGGUCGGUGAGUCUGGCUGCCCUGAAACCUCCGCCGUAUGUUUUUGCAUCACAAUAUAAGCCUCCGCGCAACAGACGUGGAGAGUAUGUUCUCUCGUUCACUAGUAGUCGAGAUGGCAGACAGUUCGUCGAGGCUUGGAACGGGCUGUGCAGAAGUCCACCACCUGAAGGUUGA